AAGCCUUUCUGGGCGUGGUCAGUCAGACUUCACUUUUUUUUCUUCGAGUUAAGCGGUUGUGGCAGCACUUUCUGCAGGAGGGCUGUUGUUGAAGUUUUUGGGUCACGUCGCAGCAGACCGAGACAAGCAAUCAUGACUUCAACAAACAUGUUUCAGGGGCUUGAUAGUAAUGGCAAACCAAGUUCAAGGGUACUAAGACCUCCAGGUGGAGGGUCCAGCAAUCUCUUCGGUGGUUAUGAAGAAGACACUUCUGCCUCCAGACGGCCAAACAAAAUGUCGUCCUCUAUUUUUGCUCCUGCAGAAGAGUCUCAGGGGAGUCCCAAACGCUCCAAUCCCCCAGGUGGAAAGAGCAGUGGGAUAUUUGGGGAGCCAGAGGCUCCUACGACUCGGAGCAGGCCAACUCACCAUGGUGGAGCAUCCAGUAACAUCUUUGGGGCUGCAGAGUCGACCCAACCUUCUGUGAAAAGUCAUCCCAACAAACCAAAGGACAACUUAAGUGUAGGUGUACCUGCUACUCCAGAUCCACCAGCCCCAGUGCCUAAGAAGGCGACUGUAGUUGAGGAAGUGAAGGUGGAGCCAGUGUCUCCUCAACCCACUCCUGAAAAAGAGGCAGCAGCCCCUCCCCCUGCACCUGCACCUGCCCCUGCCCCUGCCCCCACCCCCACUCCUGCACCAGCAGCCAAUCAGAAUUCUGAGCCAGCCACACAGAAACCAACAGAAAAAGACCAUGAGCCACGCCUCGGACCACGACCUCGCUCUCACAACAAAGUGCUCAACCCACCAGGUGGAAAGUCCAGUGUGGUUUUCUAUUAGCCACAAGUGCUGCUUUCUAUCAUUGUCACUUCCCAUCUUCCAUCCUCUUUUAACUUGUACUAAAACUUAUCCUCUCUUAUUUACUUUUUCUUUUGGUUAUUUCUUUACCCUGAAGUCUGCCACUCUUCAUUCCUUUAUUGCUUUUGCACUUUCUCAUUCAUUCCUCACUUUCCCUUUCUCCUUUUCAUCUAAUAAGAAUCACUGUUAACGGUCACUCCAACAACUGAAUGGUUGUUUCCUUUCAAAUGGUUUGCCUAUACUGUUGUUUCUCUGUAUUGAUUAUGUUCUUUCAAUUUGCUAAUGUAUUAAAUGCAAGUUUGCCUCAUGAAACUCAGUACAGUCUAUGCAGUGUUCAACUGGAACCACUGUUGGUCGCCAAAGCAAGCUCUUCAGUAUCAGCCUGUUCAGAUCGUCCUUUGAAACUCAGUGAAUGUGUUCUGAUGGCAAUGGCAAAUUUACUUUUGUGCAAUACGGUGACAUCAUUUCUCCUUUUUUUUUUUCCUCUUGCAUUUUUUUAGUAAGACACAAAGCCAAAUGUAAAACUAAUAGCUCUGAUGAAAAACCAAACAGAGUGCACAGUUGUUGUAAUCGAUAAUCGCCGAAGCACACAUGUAUGGCAGUGGACAGAAUGUGUACAAUCAGAUAUCACUAACACAUCACACUAUUGCAAUGUCCAUACAUGCAUUUGAAUGUAACCAGAGACCCUUAAAAAUGUCCUCUGAUAUGCUUGAUUCUGUACUUGAAAAGAGUUGAUCCGCCAUUAAUGUUUAAUACUUCUGUUUAAUUUGGCCUUUGUUCCCAAUAGCCAUCUGCUUUAUUCUUUACAUGGCAGUUGGAAGGUCAAAUAUGACACAUCUGUGAGCAUGUGUGGGCAUUUCCCACAUUACUGGUGCCAUCCCUGCCCAAAAUACUUCAGUGGUUGCUUGGCAAUGUCACUGGCUGUGAUGAUGUCACAGAGGCCUGUUUCAUACAAUACACUUCUGUAUUGUUCAUUUGUGUGCUGUAUUGUAUUGCUUUUUUUCCCCAUGACAAUAAAAGGAUGUUUUACCAUGUUGCUCAAAAUAAACAGAAAUCUUCAUUUAAA